CCCGAGGUACAUUUUUAUUAAACAACGUUUUAAGUCCAAGGAAUGUUUUUAAGAACUGUGUUUGGUUUAAAGAUCGCAGUACUUACUAUCUCAUUUGCACUAGGUCAGGAUAGAAAAGAAACUAUAAGAAGGGUCUGUCCAAGAGAAGUCCUUACUUAUGUAUCGGAAGGAAGCGCGUGUAAUAGAUCGUUAGAAGAUUUACGAAGCAGUAUAAGAAAGUUUAGAGGAAAGACUGGAUGCAAUUCCAAUUGCACAGCAAUUUUUAAUUACAAGAACAACGACAGCAAGCAAUAUGACAUUGUUGAAAUAAAAGUAACUGUUUUCAACAACAUAAGAAAUAUCUCACAAAUGUUCGAUGCCUGCAAGAAAGGAGCUUACAAUAGCGGUCGAGCUUUAUUUAUACAGUGCUAUAAAAUAGAAACAAAUGCUUACUUUUACCAGCGCUGGUGCAGAAAUAGGUCGGAUUGUCUACAUAAUCAAGAUUGUUUACAAUAUGGAGAUCUUGGGGUCUGCUCAGCGACCAAAACAAUUAACAUUUCUACCGUAGAAAAACACAACAGAGAAAACAAAACUGAUGGAUAUGAUAUUGGACAUGUGGUUGGUGCAGCUAUUGGUGGGCUCGGUACAGGCUUGGGAAUUUGGGCUGUUGUAAUGUUCAUUUUAAAAAAAAAUCAAAAAAGCUUGAAGGAUCAAUCAAGCGACUUGCAAGUGCAGUAUGAAAAUAAAUAUAGUUUUGAAAUAGAAAUCGGAAAAAGUAAAGGAGAUCAAAAAGAACCCCUUGACGAUGAAGACAAGGAAUAUUCUACAGUCACAAAUGUACCGAAAAAUAAUGAGGACUUGUAUAACCAUCUUAAUGAAGUAAAGGACGAAAAUAACCUGGGCAUUUAUGACCAUGCCCACCAUGAUUCAACAACUUCAUGAGGAAUUACAUUGUAAUACCUUAUAUGAACAAUGUAGAACUUCCCUACAAAUAAAAUGAUAUACACAAGAUGAGUAUAUCCUUCCGACUGUACCUUCCUUUAUAAAUAUGGACAAUUGAUCUAAAAAGAAGAAGCAGAUCAAACUAAGGACAUUUCUAUAUGAUAAAUUUGAUACACGAAUAUUAAAAUAUCGUAUUCACAUUAUUUUGGCACAUUUUGAAUUGUUAAAAAAAUCAGCUAGCAUUUACCUAGGGGUCUACAGAUACAUUUCUUACAGCAGUAAGU